AUGUCUUUUGAAUCAUACCUCCAGGCUGCCACCGCGGAAGGCCCUAAUCGCACUCUCCCAGGCGUUGUCGUCGUAGCAGCAAACAAGAGUGGAAUCACCUACAAGAAUGCAUUUGGAACCCAGUCUAUUGAUCCUAACUCUCCUCUCGUCAACAAGCCCUUCGCGGCUGACACUGCAUUGUGGAUUGCCUCUUGUACAAAACUACUCACUGCAAUUAGCAUCCUACAGUGUGUAGAGAAGGGACUUCUUGAUCUUGAUGCCGACCUCUCUGAUAUUCUUCCGGAGUUCAAAACACUUAAGAUUUUGACGGGAUUCGAGGGUGAAACACCAGUCUACAAGAAGCUGGAACGUAAAAUCACCCUCAGGGCCCUUCUUAGCCACAGCAGUGGGUUCGGAUAUGCUGGAUUUGAUCCGAAGCUGGAGAAGGAAGUUCUCUCGCGAGGCGUUAAAGUUGAAAUGACGGGCGACUUGAUGGAACAUAUCUCUCUCCCACUUCUUUUCGAACCGUGCACGUCAUGGUCUUAUGGAGUCGGGAUUGACUGGGCUGGCCUUGCUCUGGAACGGGUCACGAAACAACCUCUCUCCGCUUACAUGGACGCAAACAUCAUCAAUCCACUUGGCAUGACACGCACGUCAUUCAAACUCUUAUCACGACCAGAUAUUCUUGCAGCUCGAUCAGAUAUGACUUUGCGUCUCCCUGACGGCUCUCUUACCCCAAGCCCGACUCAUGUCUUUCCCGACGAUUCCAAGGACGACUACGGCGGAGCCGGCUUAUAUUCUUGUGCCGAAGAUUACAUCAAAGUUCUAAUUGACCUCCUGCAGGACGACUCAAAGUUGCUCUCCGCGGCAAGCAAAGAAGAGCUAUUCAAACAGCAGCUUUCUGCCGAGUCUAAGACGGCGCUGAAUUUUCUGCUGUAUGGAGAUUACGAAGAGAACAAAAGUGGAGAAAUCGGCGAAAAGUUCCUUGGUGGGUUGCCAGCAGGAACGGAGGUGGGAUAUUCGGUCGGAGGAUUGCUUGUGGAGGCGGUUAAUGGUGCGGGCCCAAAUCGGAGGAGCAAGGGCGCACUGUCGUGGAGUGGAUUGCCAAAUUUGCAUUGGAUGAUCGAUAGGGAAAAGGGGGUUGCGCUGUUUUAUGCUAACCAGCUGAUUCCUCCCGGAGACCUGAAAGCAUCUGAGGCGUUCGCUACCUUUGAGGAGGCUAUUUAUCAGGGUAAACUUUGA